AUGUCCCAGAAACAGACCAGCCGAAAAACCGCAUAUUUAUCGAACAGGGCAAAGGCAUUUUCAAUUGCCUCCCUUGUCCGCAAUGGUAAAUAUAUCUUGUUAGGGUUAAGAAAGGAUAGUUUCACACUCAGUGGCUAAUAUUUCUGCUCUUCUUGUCCACAGAGGACCUAGAGGCUGAGCUCCCGCAGGGUGAUGACAAUGCACCCGCCGAAGAUGGAAGAAUGGAAAGAGAAAACAGCGACUCGCCCGUACCAAGGAAAAUGCUGAAAACUGUUAAACCAAGGGUAUUUCUUGAAGGCAAGGAGCUGUGGAAUUGCUUCUACCGGCUGGGGACAGAAAUGAUAAUCACCAAGACAGGAAGGUCAGUCUGUUCAUCGCGGCUUAUUGCACGUUCGCGCGAUAAGAAAUUUAUUUACCUCAAAUGAGGAAAUUAGAGUGAAUUAUCAGUAUUUAUCCCUCGUGGUUUGCUUCAGUAAAUCUUGCUAUAACUGGCGUCUAAAUUAACUUUAUUUUCGUUGCCUUUAAAUUUUUGUUUUGACUACAUGUCACUGGCGCUUUUUGCCUCUUUAUUCUACAAUGGAGGUGCAAUCGAUACCCCCGAUAACACGAAGUGUGAUCUAGCUGACAGCGAAAUGGCCCGAAAUGUAGUUUAUCCGUUAAAACUCUUUAACAGCAUGUUUUUAAACAAGGCCAUGUUACUGUGGUUAUAUUAUUUUUCUUUAGAGAUGCGCCGCUGUGGCCUGGACUAAACUAGCAAGGUCUUUGACACUCUUGAAAGAAAAAUGCUGUUUUGUCUUCCCGCUAUCGGCCAUUUUAUCAGAGUCUGUGAGGGCUCAUUUUCGAAACAAAAACAGAAAAUUAAGCUUCUGUUAAAAUAAUUAAAAAAAAAAUUAAUGCAACCAAGAUAAACUAGAAUUGUUUUGAAAAACAAGCCAUAGGUGUGAAAACCUUUCGAAAUGUAAGCGUUCUUUUAAAGUACGUGGCCUUUACGACUCAACACUUCAUAUUAUUUUUGGAAAUGAUUCGCACAUCAUGUUCCUAACUAUUUUGCCAUCAUGUGAUACUUUCAUAAAAAGGUCCUAUAUUUGGCGAAAGCCCAAGAGAAAUUGUUUAGGUUUUUAAUUCGCAAGGUGACUUGUUGUUGGGACUCCUGUCUAACAAGUAUAAAAUACUGGAAAUGUAAAGAUGCAGAAAGAAAAUCUAUGGCAAAAAAAAAAAAAUACUAUUUUACUUAAUUUUUUCAUUUGUUCUUCUCGUUGUCUUUAUAUAUACGUCUUUGAAGUACUGAAUUCUUUUGUUUGUCAGAAUGUGACUUCCUUUUUUCUGCUCUCAGUUUGCUAUAUUAAUUCAAUGCCCCAUAAAAACGCCUUCAUGCUCUGCCGUUCUUGCGUCGUUGUUAUGCAUUCUUAAAACUUCCUUUUUUUUUACUUAGAAAUAAUCUUAAAGUAAAUAGUGCUUCGCAUGGAAAUGCCAAGCCCAAAAACAAAACGGCUAUCAAAUUUACCGCAGUGAUUUUGCGAAGAACGCGUCAUGAUGAAACGUAACGAAUCCUAGCGAAAACUGGGCAGAAACUUAAAAUUUCUUUUUUUUUUUCGCGCGUUACCAAAGCGGUUUUAAAACAAGACGGACCGGCGUAUUUGAAACCUUAACUACUUUUUUUGCACGCUUUUGUUGCUUCACUUAGAGCCAUUAAAGCUCCGUCAAUUUCUUAUUGUUUCAAAGAUCCAAAUUGGAUCGUUUAUUCAUAAACAACUUUUGUUUAUAAUAAAAACCAUUUGCCCCUUCUGAUUUACAUCAAAUUUCGACUUCAAAGGAGUUUGAGCAGUAUAAUAGUAGACGCGGUAUCUUGUUCCGGGGAGUUUGCUCCGAGAACUCGCUGUGAAGUUUUUCCAGUUCUUACAGAGUAUUUAUCCCAGUGGACAACCUAUCUUGGGUCAGUCAGCUCUGUCCAUAGCCAGUUAGACAAGAUAUGGGUUGAGUGAAUAUUGGCUUAAGGCUGCACACUUUUAUCAAAAGUUAUUAAUUUUGUGCCUCUUUCAGGCCCAUUCAAACUCUCGACACACUUGCCGCCCGGCGGCGGUUUUCGUUGCCUUUGAUACUUUCGAGGAAUGAGAGGUCGCAUGGGUGUAAUAGUCAGUGAUGAGUCUCAUGAACUAUCAUAUGCAUUUUACACCUUCGAGUAUUGGGAAUAACUUUCAGCACUUACUGUAAACGGCAAGGCUGCAGGCAAAUCAUCGGUGCAUGUGUUUAAAGCCACUAAACCAAAUGCGUUGACGUAAUUGUGAAAGUCUUAGUUUAAAACCCUCGGGGCUUUUAACACCCAAGAGGGACAGAAAUCCGUCCCUUAUGUAGUUCUCAUCAGUAAUUGCAGCGAACAGAUUAAGUGAAAGUUCGAUCUUCUCAUAAGUUCAGUGAUAUCGGCGGGGAGAAAAUGAGAGGUUCUGGGACGGGAAUGACUACAGGAGUUCUCGACUGAAUACUUUUUAAAAUUCUUGCUCCAGCGAAUUACCCAGAGUAUACUUCUCUUUUGCACCCGAAGCGAAAUUUCUGUUUCAAAAAAGCUGUUAAAUUAUCGGAGGUUGAGACCGAAUUUGAGGCCCUAUUUUAGUUUUCUGAAAAAAAAUUAGAGGUUACAAUGUUAUUAAUUACAUCUUAGGCAGCUGUAAAAGCCUAAAAACAACUAUUUCAUCAAAACCAUUUUCGGGUUUUCUCAAAGAAACACAAAAAGGACACUAAAUGUAGGCUGAAAACAGUACAAGGAACUUUUAUCAUAGAUUAAAGGACCAUAAAAUGGGCAAACUAUUUCGUGAGAAUAUUUUUGGAACAAAUAAACCCGAAAUAAAACUAAAUAAAUUUCUUAUGACCUGCUUGCGUGCUCUCUCCCUCGCCAAUUCAUCCCUUCACGCUCAGACAACAAACAACUAAGCUAACAAGCGGAAUAUAAAGCUUGUCUUUUUGUUUGCUUUAUAGCUAUACACCUGCUACUGUUGCGUGGAUAACUGUAUUUAGCAUUCUCUAUAAAAUAAACUUCUGUUUCAAAGUUCCAUUUGAUCUACUUCGGCACGCUUCUUCUACGCGUCUUUUUGUUUGCGAUUUUUCUCAAUGCAACUUUCUCUUUCUCACUAUUUACAAGAGCUCUGUACGUUAAUACUCUAAGGGUCAUACUAAAAACAAUCGCACGUAUUUUCCGCAACAUUUCGGUGCGUCAUUUGCGAUGGAGGAAACACACACGCAAGGGACAAUUCUAAUUUGCUGGGGACGUCAAAGGCGAGACGCCAUGGCUGACUUUUGACAAGUCUAAUAGUGUGGUCUUUCCAUUUCUGAUAAGCACAAUGAUUAGGUGCUCUUAUCGGUAAAGAAAAGAAGGACUCGUAAAGACAGUCUAUUUACCAAUAAAAAGUGCUAAAUUAGAAGUAAAGACAAACUUUUUAAAAAAAUAUGCAUUUUGCAAAUAUUUAAGUGAUGGACGGUACCAGAAGACGUUUUGUUUUAAAAUGGCUUUAUUUGCAGAGCGGUCAUUCUUUGAGAAUUUUAUCCACGCAAAUGUUAGAAAGCUGAUAGUUAACAGUACCAAAAGAGACAAUACUCUAAACAUUCAUUCGAAUUAGUGAUCCCUUUUAGCAGUAUUUCAUCCACAUACUUAAAAUUUACAACACCUUUUACAAUUACUGCUUAGUAAUCAGUACCAGAUAUUUAAGUUCUGUUUAAUAGUUUUCACUUAAAUGGUCACAGCAAAGCUUAAAAGCAUUCAUUCACUCAGACCUCCCUCGAAUUAAAAGACCGCUGAAAUUUUAUAUUCUCGAAGACACAGCAGUGUCAGAACAGAGCGAUAGUUUUAUUGUUUUACUUUUGCAUACACUACAACUGGUUCUUUGACGCACCCCAACAAAUUAAAACGACGAAAAAACACUUAAACAUGGCCGAUCUUAAAACCCGGGCUAUUACUACUCUACUUUAAUUAGACCUGUAACAUUGAAUUCUGACGAGAUGUCAAUUCCGGGAGCGAUUGAAAGACAAAUUGAUUAGCAAACGACGAUUCUAAAAGCAAAAUUUAUCAUAUUCACAGGCGAAUGUUCCCGACUCUUCGUGCGUCCUUUGCCGAUCUGGAGCCCGAGGCAACAUAUUCAGUAAUGUUAGACAUCGUCCCGCUCGACACAAAGCGACACCGUUAUUCCUACUCAGAUUCAGCUUGGUUCGUCGCCGGGGAAGGUGACGUCGCCCCACCGAAGGUCACGUGUGUCCAUCCCGACUCACCCCUCACUGGGGCCCAGCUGCUUCGUCAAGUACUUUCAUUUGAGAAAGUAAAGUUAACGAACAACCGAGAUGACAAGCGGGGAAAUGUAAGUGCACAACAGCUGUAAAUAUUUACUGACUACCAAGGUCAUAAUAGAGCAAGUAUGAUUUCCUUAUUUCCCAGGUCAGAGGCUUAUCUGGUAGAGAGAUAACCUUGUCCAUGUUCAAACUUUUCCGGUGGUCGUUUAAGGAGCGUAGUUUAAUUGUAUCGUGGCCACAAAACUUAAAAGCGCAUUUACAUUAGUGCUAAUUAUGUUUCAAUUAACAGAACAACCCUCGCUAUUAGCGCUAUUAAAACGCAGAAAAGCAUUUAGGAAAAAUAGCACUUAAAAAUCGUCAAACUAUUUCCGUUAUUAUUAAUAUUUAUAGGCUAAGCUUUCCUGCUAAAUUUAGCAUCUUUCCGCACAGGUGUCCUGCCACUACUAUCCCCAAACUUUUUUUUCUCGAACUAAUGGCUAAAUCCUUUGUUACUCCUACUUCUUGGGUGCAGGCAAAUGCCAAAAUUUUGCUAUUUCAAAAUCUUGCUCAGCAAAUUGUUCCUAACUUUCAGUGUUUUUUAAAGUAUUCCAAUAACUGUUCACGAGUUCGGUGUUUUUAGUUUUCGAGGUUGCGGCGUGUUUGAUCUGUCAGCUCCAUUUGUCAGUAAGAUGAUCCGAUGUUUAGGUAUCACCAUUAACUGCGAUACCAACCACAACAACAGAUGCUGAACUGAGCUUCGGUUAUUAGCAUCCUAGGUUCAAUUUUGUAAUCCACAGUGCACGAAAUCCCUUAUCCGUUUUGGAUUGAAAUAACCUAGUUCAUUUCAAAAAUGCUAUCGGCUUUCGAACUAAUGUGGAAUUCUUGUGCCAGGAAAAGGCAAGGAUCAGUGAGGGAUCUCAAUAAAAUGAACCAAAAUAGCUAGCAAGCUCGCCGGGGUGCUCUGGUGGCCAGAGCUCCCCGUAGAGCUUGAUAGCAGGCUAAAAAAUCAAAUGGCUAUCAAUUUAAUAUUUUCAUAUAUAAUCUCAUACCUAUAAUUCACAGCGGAAAGUAUAAUUUCUGAUUCUGAUCAACAGCAACGUGGAAAAUUUAAUUGACAUCAGAUUCACGACAGACCUGCAGACUAAUAAACUAGGUAGUUGUUUAUACAACGCAAUAAUCAGUGUCUGGGCAAAAUACGCGGCUUUGUAAGACCACAAGAACUCGUCUAUUUUCUUCUGGGAUGGUACAGCGGGUGACAUACACGAGCGUGCGUGGAAAUAGACAAAAAUGCCUACCAGCGAGAAGUGGCACGAGUACGCGUAUUUCACUCAGUUUACUAUCUGUCUGAGGUGAACAAUGCAGCACUCAUUGUCUUACGGCGUAUUAGGUUUGAUUUGAAUUGUCACACAAUCUGACUGAAAAAGCUCAAAAAAAGAACUGUUCUUUAUUAUCAGUAGGUGUCAUUUAAGUGCCACACUUCAGGAUUCGAUCCUCGAUUCAAAAAGUUAGAGUCACCGUGCAUGAGCAUAAUAAAAAGGAAUACAAGGCGCAAUCCACAUUCCGGAAUCCACGAAAUCUUUGCUUGUAGAAUCCGGCAUCCGGGAAAUUUUUCCUUGGCUCUUGGCACUGGGGUAGACUGAAAAACAGUCGCUUUUUUUCUCAAAAUCAGUAAAGAAAUCGGUAAAGCGUGGCGUAAGAGUCUUACGCGCGCGAGCCUCACACGCCGAGAGCGUCUCUCCCCAGUCUCGCUCUCUGUUUUCAGCCUCAUUCCAGACCUUUUGUUUGACUGCUCGCGCGUACUUGAAUGCGCAAAAAUACGGACUGUUUUGCAGUCUAGCACUGAAGCGGAUUUAGCCUUUUAUAUAGCAAAGGGGGUUCGAUGACUUCCUGUCUUACCGAGAAUGUCACGCUAUGUUAGUUCUUUCCUAUUUUGAUUAUGCGAAUAUUUAAACACACCAAUGAAAUUAAUAAUAUAUAGAUUACAUAAAAAUGAAAAACUGUGCUGGUAUGAAAUGAAAAGUUAAUAAAACUGUCGAGGCAAGCAAGGCUAAUUCAAGUUCCGGGCUCGAUUCUCUUGAGUACGGAGGUUUCGUCGUAAGUUUAAAGCAUGUCUCUGAACGUAGGUGGGUCCGUAGUCUUCACAAAUUGAUCCGGGUUGCUGUGUUUGAAAAUAGAGUUCUUGAAGUGUUGUCGUGUUAGUCAAGAUCGUGGCUUGCACGAAGAGAUCCCUCGGCUCGAUCCUGGUGUUCGCAGCAACAUUCCAUGUAAACUAAAUCAGUUUUCUUUUUCGAAGAAUCGGUGUAAAAUGAGAUGCUCACACGAACCAUUCUCACUUUCUUCUUGUCGGCCGGAGUCCUGUACGGACACUCGUUUGUCAUUAAAUUAUGAGACAACUGGGUGACCGUGACACGUUUAACUUCCUUCGGCAUGUUUGGCACACUUCUACACACGAGCAAGGUAUAAUCUUAGGAUAAAAUCGGAGCAACUUAUUACCAGCGGUAAUGAGUAAUGACUCAACCCGGAAAAAUACUGAGAAAACACUUAAAAAAUUUCUUCCUGUCACAUGAUGAACUCAUGAUAUGAGUUCAAGGAAAAAUAGCAAACAGAACAAGACAAAUCCAUGAAUCAGUGCAAGGCUUCUCACGUAUUUCUUUCAUUUGCAAGAGGGGCGGACUGGACAUUGGAAUCCCGGAUCCAGCUUAAGGAAUCCGGAAACAUAGUUCCACUGACAAUGAUUUCAGGAUCCAGUACCUAGAAUCCGGAAUUCACUGCAAGGGGUCCAGAAUACCAGUGUGUCUUGGAUUCCAUUACAUGGGGCAAUACAAGAAAGUACUUGUUAGUAGAUAGCGAACGAUAUAGCGACCGAGGUGUUGACCGACUAUCGACCGACUGUCGACCUAUAAUGUCGACCUAGGAACGGCCGAUAGUGUCGACUGAGAGUCGGUCGAGAGAUGCCUUAAAAUAAAAUACACAUGACCCGACUUGCUUUGAAUAGUCACCAUUAUUGAGGAUUUCAUCCAUAGACUCAAAGGUCGGAACCACGUUUAUAGUUUCAGUGCAGCAUAAUAAAAUGAUAAAACUGGGCACCAUAGGAAAUUUCUGCUCAGUAACUUAUGAUCCAGCUGGUUAAUGAUUGAUAACCGGAUUUAAUCCACAGACACAAAAGUUGGAUCCAUCUUAGACAGAAUUAUAACCAGUGCCACAUGAAUGUAUUCCACAGACUAGCUUUUAUUUGAAUUGGUUACACUUUAAGAUUUCCAUGCUGCAAAAAUCGUUACUACCGUUCGACUUUUUCUUUUCUCCCUGCUUUUCAUUCAAUUUUGACUAAAACAGAGACUUGGAAAAUGGAAGUACGAUCAUUUUGCCUACAGCUGAAAUACUCCUUGAAUCCAUUUUCCAUUCAUUCGUGUAUGCCUAUUUACUUGGGCAAGGAAAUUCGCUAAAUACAGUACAAUACAAAUUGUUCAUACAGCAAAUCGAAAAUUAGGCAUGGAUCCGAUAGACAACCUUGAAGAAAAUUAAAACGGACUGAGAUUGUAGAUUUUUGAAAACUUGUUAGCCUAACAGUUUUUUUCAAAGUUCAUUUUUGUUGUUUGUUACGCUUGAUAUCAUGCCUGGGAAGUGUAUUUGUUGGACAAGAGACUUGGAUUUUUUCAUUUAGAACGGAGUAAUUUCUUCGUUAACUUUAAGUUCCAUCAAGAGCUAUUAUGGCUCUUAGUUCCGUCGCCCAUAAGGAAGCGUAAUUAGCCUGAGUAGCUUUGAAGUAGUAAGCGCAAGAAAGAACGGGCGCGCGAAGGUGCCUCUGCCCUCGCGAGUCUCUCUCGCGCGCGCCCAAACAGAGUAAAAGUAUUACCAAGAAUAAGUCUUUCUGCCAUAUAUGCCAUAUUCUUAUUUAACAAAGUUCUGUUAAUUCACCUAAAAAAUGUUCCUAGUGUAUUAUGGUGUUUCCGUAUCUCAUUAGGGUCACGCGAUGAAAAUCCAGAAAACCAGUCGCGAGUGCAUUAACUCAAAAUUACUAAAUUAUAAUAAAAAAGACCCUUUUUUCAUUUAAAUACACGAAAAUGCUCUUUCGUUAUUUUUUUUCCAUCGGAUAUUUCAUUGCUGAAUAUUCUUAAUAUUCAAAAAGUGUCAGUCUAUAGUAAAGUCUACAAAGCGACCAAAACGUUCUAAAUACUUCUAUUUGCCACAAUUAGCGUUUUAAUUAGACCAUUUUUUUUCCACAUUAAGUUAAAAAGUAUAAGUACGCGUGUUUUUCUAUUAAGUCCAAUAUCAGCUGAAAUGUCACGCGGUGGAAGUUAAGCAUAGGAGACGGUCAUUUUUUUUUUCGAAAUAAUAUAGUUUGGUUAAGAAAUGUUUCAUUAAACUAAACGAAAGCAACAUUUCAAAUGUCAAAAUAGCCGCGGACAAUUAGUACACUACUACAUUCUCUGCGGGUUGUGCCAAUAUGUCCAUUGAAAUUUAGAUCAAUGCUACAGAAACUGCAUGGAUAGAUUCCCUACCUUAUUAUAUUCGAGGAGAAUAUAAGGCAGGUGUCUUUCCAUAUGCAUGAAAUAUCUCUAAAAAAGCUGAGAGGGGCUUCUACUACGACACUUCCGUUUAGGUACUUGCCAGUUGAUUUGAAAUAAUGCGAAUAAAUGAUAAAAAAAUGAAAACGUCCGUGAAAGAAAGAGACACCUCGCGUCUGUUAUCUAGAACAAGAGGGGUAAUAUGGAUAGCGGCCUUUUUUGUCUGCCUUUAUCCUCACCAGGAGCAAGGACCAGCACAGUGGUCAGGUUCGCUGCUUUUUGCUCGGCAGGUUUCGAAUUCAACGACAGCCAAGUGUGAUCUUAAAUCCUGCUUCGACUUCUUUCUUUUCUUGGAACCACUUUUAUACUGCAGCAUAAUAAAACUGGGCACCAUAGGAAAUUUCUGCUCAGUAACUUAUGAUCCCGCUGUUUUAUGAUUACCGGAUUUACUCCACAGACACAAAAGUUGGAUCCAUCUUAGACAGAAUUAUAAACAGUGCCACAGGAAUGUACUCCGUAGACUAGCUUUUAUUUGAAUGGGUCACACUUUAAGAUUUCCAUGCAGCAAAAAUCGUUAUUACCGUUCGACUUUUUCUUUUCUCCCUGCUUUUCAUUCAAUUUUGACUAAAACAGAGACUUGGAAAAUUAAGCAUGGAUCUGAUAGACAAACUUGAAGAAAAUUAAAACGGACUGAGAUUGUAGAUUUUUGAAAACUUGUUAGCCUAACAGUAUUUUCAAAAUUCAUUUUUGUUGUUUGUUACGCUUGAUAUCAUGCUUGGGACGUGUAUUUGUUGGUCAAGAAGCUUUGAUUUUUUUCAUUUAGAACGGAGUAAUUUCUUCGUUAACUUUAAGUUCCAUCAAGAGCUAUUAUGGCUCUUAGUUCCAUCCCCCAUGAGGAAGCGUAAUUAGCCUGAGUAGCUUUGAAGUGGUAAGCGCAAGAAAGAACGGGCGCGCGAAGGUGCCUCUGCCCUCGCGAGUCUCUCUCUCGCGCGCCCAAGCAAAGUAAAGGCAUUACCAAGAAUAAGUCUUUCUGCCAUAUAUGACAUAAUCUUAUUUAACAAAGUUCUGUUAAUUCACCUAAAAAAAUGUUCCUAGUGUAUUGAGGUGUUUCCGUAUCUCAUUAGGGUCACGCGAUGAAAAUCCAGAAAACCAGUCGCGAGUGCAUUAACUCAAAAUUACGAAAUUGUAAUAAAAAGACCCUUUUUUCAUUUAAAUACACGAAACAAAAAUAUUAAAAUCCCCUUUCGUUAUUAUUAUUAUUUUUUUAUCGUCGGAUAUUUCAUUGCUAAAUAUUCUUAAUAUUCAAAAAGUGUCAGUCUAUAGUAAAGCCUACAGAGCGACCAAAACAUUCUAUAUACUUCUAUUUGCCACAAUUAGCGUUUUAAUUGGACCAUUUUUUUUUCCACAUUAAGUUAAAAAGUAUAAGUACGCGUGUUUUUCUAUUAAGUCCAAUAUAAACUGAACUGUCACGGGAUGGAAGUUAAGGAUAGCAGACUGUCGUAAAACUUUUUUUUUUUUCCGAAAUAAUAGAGUUUGGUUAAGAAAUGUUUCCUCAAACUAAACGAAAGCAAUAUUUCAAAUGCCAAAAUAGCUGCGGACAAUUAGUACACUACCACUUUCUCUGCGGGUUGUGCCAAUAUGUCCAUUGAAAUUUAGAUCAAUACCUUAUUAUAUUCGAGCAGAAUAUAAGGCAGGCGGCUUUCCAGAUGGAUGAAAUGUCUAUAAAAAGGCUGAGAGGGGCGUCUACUACGACACUUCCGUUUAGGUACGUGCCAGUUGAUUUGAAAUAAUGCGAAUAAAUGAUAAAAAAAAUGAAAACUUUCGUGAAAGAAAGAGACACCUCGCAUCUGUUAUCUAGAACAAGAGGGGUAAUAUGGAUGGCGGCCUUUUUUGUCUGCUUUUAAUCCUCACCAGAAGGAAGGACCAGCACAAUCGUCUGGUUCGUUGCUUUUUGCUCGGCAGGUUUCGAAUUCAACUACAUCAAAGUGUGAUCUUAAAUCCCUGCUUCGACUUCUUUCCUUUCCGUGUAGGUUUGAAGAAGCUUAAAACACCCGCAAAACGGAGCACUAAUAGGAAGAGUAGGGGGUGGGGGAGGGGGGUAAUUAGGCGCAGCUUCGGCCUGAGGCUUAUUAGUGUUAUGUGUACUGUUACGGGUUACUGACCCUAAGUAAGGACCUUUAGAUAUACCAUUUAGACUUAAGCCACGACUUUAAAUGGCUCGCGACAUAAGAAACGCGUCUAUGGCAACAACGUAGGGACUGUCUACUAUUUCAAAUAUGUCAGUAGAUUGCAUGAGCCUGUUUUUGCAAACACAAUUCGUGACGCUCUUUCCAUUACCACCAAAAAUGGUUUUGUUGAGACACCUGUUACUUAAAAAAUGAAUUUACAGCUUAAAAAGAGUCAAAUUAACAUGCAAAUCUGUCUAUUGCACCUGCAUUUAUUUAUGAAGUUAAUGCAUUUCUAGCCAGUCUUGGUAUUAAUUAUUUAUCUAUAUCAAUGUCCUUUUCUUGUAAGCAUAGUUACCAACCAUAGCCCUUUUAUUUUAUAUCAUUGACGGUGCUGUACCGUCUUGUUAUCGUUAUUUCUCUAUAGUUUCCUUAACCCUUUAAGCCCUAAGAGUGAUCAGCAUCAAAUUUCUCCUUGUAAUAUCAAUGCUUUGUAAACCAGAGUGGUAAUGAGAAUUACGGACAUGAUCACACAAGAUGAAUUUGCUUGAUGUUUUAUCAACUUCUCCCCACUACUUCUCUAAGAAAUGAAUAGGGGUAACAAAUGAGAAUUAAGAGUUUGAUCUUAGGGUUUAAUAGGUUAAUACCCCCACCCUGAUCACCUGUUUUACGCAACGCACGUUUAUUAGCCUUGAGUAGGGACUUGAUUCUACAUUCCUAGGCCGUCGGCCUUUGAUCUUUUUGCCUGCAGUUUUGGUAGAAUGGGCCUUUUUUGACGUAGCCUGCGUGGCAGGCACUUGGAAGUAAUGGGCACAGGAAAGAACUGGACGCGCGAAAGAGACACGUGUCUCCCUCGCGCGCCCCAUUCUUUCUUGCGCCCAUUACUUUCAAGCCCCUGCCACGCAGGAUACUUUUAACGAUUUGGCCUUAACCCCAGUCUGGCACUAUUAAACCUGAUUAACCCGUCCCCUACACUUUUCUGCCCCCAGGGACUGAGAAACAACUUACUCUACUUAGGGAUCAGGACGAUAUUGGGGCGGAUCAGAGCACGUUAUCACCGAAUUUCAAUGCCACGCCCAAACCACUUGGCCACAUGCUUUUUGGGUUUCUAAAGCAGUAAAUUCCUUAUUUUUUGCCUUAAAUUCCAGAUCAUCUUGAACUCGAUGCAUAAAUAUCAACCCAGAAUCCAUCUGCUUAAGAAUCCUGAAGAGCAGGAGAACAAAACAGAUAUAACAAGAGCGGAGACUUUUGUCUUCCCAGAAACCACGUUCAUGGCUGUAACUUCCUAUCAGAAUCAUCUUGUAAGUCUAUAGUGUAUUUGAAUUAGAAAAAAAGAGAGAAUUCUGUGUCACAAAUACAGUCAACGGCCAGGAGACUCUCUCGGACCACGUGACUCAAAACGCAUACGCCGCGUGGAAAAGUGAGGCCUAGGGACUAGUAGCCUGCGAGUAAGCUCUCCGGGGCGCUCCGGCGGCGAGGCGGGAAAAGUAAGGAGAGCUUGCAACUAAAUCUCUGGACUUUGAAUUACUCCUUCAAUUUCGACUGAACUGUCAGAUUUCCUCCGAUCAGCGCGACGCGGAAACGAGCACGAAUGUAAACAAACAUUGAAAAACACAUGAAAGCACGCGCCAAGGGCAAUGACAUCUUAACUAAAGUCAUUUCGCAUCGACUUUUUCGAUGCAGAUAUUCAAAUUCCGCAGACGUAGUUGCAUACUCUCCUUCCUUUUCCCGCCCCUGUCAGAGCGCCCCGGAGAGCUUUCUGGCAGGCUAAGGGACUAGGCAAAGGUGAACCCAAGAGAACAUAAAAGCUUUUGGUCAACUUUCAUUGGGCAGAUACCUCUAUUAAGUGCACACUUUUUCUGAUCCUAUAAGGUUUUACUUUACACUUAGAAGAGGUUCAAUUGUUUUGGGUUUUAAAAGCUACCGCCCGGUUUCUCAGUAUUUCUGCUUUUAAUAAUUAUCUCUAGGAAAUGCUUGAUUGAAUUCAAAUCCUCAAACGCACUUUUUCUGCAUGGUUAAAAGUUAUGCAAAAAUACUUUCGUGCAAGGCGCCACUGUACAUAUACAGGCACUCUUUUUUACCCUUUUAUCAUUGAAUUUUAAACAAUUGCGUUACAUCAUUUAAGCAUAAAUCCUUAGCCUGCGAAUACAGCCUUCCCUCGUCGCUCCUCGCCGCUGCGAAACGUCCUCAGCGGCGGCGAGAGUGGAGGGAAGGCUGUAUAAAUUCUGUGUUUCCCAUUUUGCUGGCGUGGCCUCUUGCAGGAGAUUGUAGUUACUGAAACUUUUGGAAAAAGUUUAAAUGAUAACCACAAUGCCGGCUUCGUAAUCAUAGACAUAAUUUCUAACUUUGAAUGUUCUUGCAGAUUACUCGACUCAAGAUUUAUAGUAAUCCUUUCGCAAAGGGAUUCCGAGACUCAAUUCGAUUCCUUGGUAACACAGAAAGGUUCGUCCUGCUCAUUUAUAUCAAUAUAUCUUGUUAAAGACAACAGCAGAACAAUUAGGGCAGGAUUAGGGUUACAAACCAACCGAUAAUGAACAGCACCACAAAGGAUUUCAUUUACAGGGUAAAGAGUGAAAAAACACGUUAACCUGAGGAGGUUAUAAAUAAAUAACCAAUGAAACACCAACGCAAUGCCAUGUGUUCAGAGCGGUCGCACUCUGAAAUUUCUUGCGCGACCAAGAGCCCUACUAAGUUUUUCUCAAAGGCUAGACAGAAUUAUUUUAAAGAGACUUGCUGGUCAUUAAAAAGGGUUUGUUUUAUUUAUACCUCAGAGAAAGCUAUCUAAUGUCAAAUGGCCUUCAGGCGUUUGAAAAUGAGGACAGCGCUUAUGCUUUCAUUUCAAGUGGAGCACUCACAAGUGGAAGCUCAAGAGACUUGUAUGGCGAUGGUAAGUACAUACAAACGUCAGCGGUCAUUUGAAGUUGAGAGCGAGACUGAGUCCGUGUUGUGUCGAAUUGCUCUAUGGGACUAUUUUAGGAACCCGAUCGCGUCUCAUCGCUAGCUUGUUUCAUUUUUUUUUUAUCUCGAAGUUGCGUAGGAAACUCUGACCCAGCUUUAAGCGCCGUGAACCUCAAAACGCUAUUAAGGGGCAGUUCAACUGUCGAACUUUUCAUCUACCGUACUUAAUACCUAUUUGGGUCGACCCAAAUGAUAUAAGUUCGACAUUUGAAUGGAACGUCGAACUUUAUAAAACGGACUUAAUUCAGUUAUUUUCACGAUAUACAAUUGUCUACAAUUAUUACCCGUGGAAAUAAAUUAGAGAAAUAUAUGCAUAAGGUUAAGCACAUGAAAAGUUCGACGUCUGAAGCGAAGUCGCUCCAUAGAAAAUAGUCGACAUUCCCAUGUAGGCCACAGGAACUUAAUCCAUGGGUUGACCCAUAGAUAUGUCGGACUUAACUGAUUCAAACGUCGAUCUUCUCAUGUCAUUAAUUGAAGGGAUUAGGUUCGGUACAUUAAAAGUUCGACGUUUGAACUGGAUCUAAAUUAUUGCUUCGCCUGGAUUCUCCUAAAAGAAAGGGCUUGUCUUGGAUAAGCGAUAAAUCCGAGAACCAUCAGCCAUCUAGAUAACGCUAUCUUCUUGGAAUCGUCGACUUAAAAUCUGUCCACAGUUCACCGUUAGCGUGAACUAGUUUUUUUGUUGUUUUCGCGUUGUUUUUGUUUGUUUGUUCGUUAUAUUUUUCGGUUGUCUUUCAAAAGGCCGUGUAAGCGCUAAGUGGAAAUUUCUAAAUAAACUCAAUAUUAUUUUCUUUUAUAGAGUUUUACCAAGUGUCUACUCCAUCCCAAUGGGGACCCUGUGGGGAUUCAUGUUGUCACACAAGUAACAUCGCUGUUACGAACAACUGCUUUCCUCAUUCGCUCCAGUGCGCAGGCUCAAAUGAUAUCUUUCAUAGGGAGCAUGCGUGGUGGCAUUGUCCGGCGUCACGCACCGAGGAAGGCGUCCUUAUAAACUACUAAACUGAUCACUCGAACAUGGUCGAAGGAUGUUAAAUAAUCAUUGAGAAAUUAAAAUUCAUACGUUGCAGUGCUUAAGGAUAAUUAAUGCCUGCUCUCCUGGCUAGGAGAUAUUGGCACAUUUAUUUAUUGAUGUAAAAAGUACUUGAAGGGCGAAU